AUGUAAAUUUGCAAGGACCUUAAUAUAAAGAAACCAUAAACAUAAAACCUGAAAAUUCUCUAAAACCCUACUACACACAGUACACACACAGAAACUGCAGAAAAAAACCAACAAUGCGUCGUCCUCAUUUUAAUCCUCAUCAAUACAACGCUAACAAUCAACAGCUCCAAAACAAUGGCGUAAAUCUUCCACCUCCACAACAGCAGGUUUUUGGGAACCAAGGUAAUUUUGGCCCUAAUCCAAUGCAAAUGCAGUCUCAAUUUCAAAUGGGAAUGCUCAAUAAUCCUCAAUUAGGAAUGCCACCCUUUAACAACCCAAAUGCCUAUUUUCCCCAACCCCAGUUUUUCCCCUUUCCGCAAGGUCCUAUGCAGAAUCUGAAUGCCAACAACUUAGCUCAGCUCUUGGUACAAAAUGCUGUAAACUUACCUCAGUUCUUGCCGAAUGGGCAAAUGGGGGUGCCAAAUUUAAUGCAAAAUGUGAACCAGCUUCUGCACAUGCAAAUGGCGAAUACUGGCCUCCAAAAUCCGCGUCCUUUUGGCAAUGGGCAAUUGGGUAUGGCUAUGCAGAAUGGCAGCGGUUUAAAUAAUAUGAACCAGAAUGCUGCUGCGACUAAUGUUUUGAAUUCUCCUCAAGUGCAACACAGUCAGAAUGUCUUUUCUCCGGGUGCUGCAAGCUCACAGAACAAUGCAGGAUUUGUUAAUGGAGUAAAUGACAGAAAUAAUGGUUGGAAAAAAUCUCAUGACAAGAACCAUAAACAUGAUGCUUCACAAAGAGGAUUUGGCAAGAAGCCGUUUCAAAAUCGUCAAAAUGCACAAGGAAACUUCAAGUUCAAUAAUGAAAAUCGAGGAAAAGGGAACCAAAAUGCUGGAGGGAAGAACUUCAACUUUUCGAAUUCAAAUGAGCAAAAUCAAGGUGUGCAAAAGAGGUCUAUUGCGUUAAACUACACAGAACAAGAAAUCAAACAGUGGCGUGAAGAACGCAAGAGAAAUUUCCCAUCAAAUGCCAACAUCGAGAAGAAGUUGAAAGUGAGUCCAACAAAGCCUGAGGUCACGGAGGAAGUGGCAAAGAUACGACGACAGCAACUUAAAGAGAUCUUGGCGAAACAAGCUGAAUUAGGCUGCGAAGUCGCCGAAAUACCGUCUUGUUACUUAUCAGAUUCUGAGCUACAGACAGAUGGCAGACAGCAAAAUAAUAAGCCGUUUGAUAAGAGGGAUAGAUUUCAUAACAAGUUCGAUAAGAGGGGAAAAUUCGACCAAAAUAACCGGUUCUCCAAGAGACAAAGAUACGAAAACGGCGAUUCAACAAAUUUGCCGAACCAAAACGAUCAAUUCAGUAGCAAUCAGAGAUGGGCUAAUGGCCCCACAAAUAACCUGCGUCGAGAAAAUAAGGUGGAGCAAUCUCUAUUGAAGAAACUGUUGAGUUCUGAUAUCAAGAAAGACAAGAAGCAUCUGCUGCAGGUUUUCAGGUUUAUGGUAAUGAAUUCGUUCUUCGAAAACAACUUGUCUGAAACCCCCCUGAAAUUUCCGGAAGUCGUUGUCAGAGAAUCGUGCGAUGGAAGUGCGAUUGUGCAAGAGAAAUCUCAAGCGGUCAAAGGUGAUACUGUUUGCAGUGUUGACGUUGAUGACAUCAGCACCGGUGAAGCUGCUAGUACUAGCAGGGCAUAUGCCGGUUUUGCUGGAGAUCGUAAGGGAAGCCCUCGAGAAAUCGGUGAAAUCUCCGACUGAUUAUUUUGUUUCUUCUGUAUACGUUGUCGAUUUUUUGUUUGUGUAUAUAUGACUGUACACUUACGAUAACGGAGAACUGUUUGUUGUAUGAUUUUUCAUUUCCAU